UCCUGUAGAGUAUAUAAGCCGCAGUUGUAUACUGGUACUACACUCACACCCUUAGUAACUGACUAGCUCCACUGUUCGUUCUCCCUCGUUUCAUUCAGUUUCUCUGCAAAAAAAGAAACUACCAUUUUCUUCUUUGCCUUAUUUUCUCUAUCUUUUUACUCUCCUCAAACUCUGAUCCUAAGAAUCAAUGGCCAUUUCAUCUCAGUCGAAUCCAAGAUUCUCAGCUUCCUUCUGCUGCAAGCGUGCCGAGUUCAAUCCUCUAUCUCGCUGCUUCUCCUCCGUCGCUUUUGCUCAUCAAACUCGCCCAUUAAGUCGACCACUGUUCAUUUCUUCGCGUCUCAACUCAAAACACUCGGAUGCUGAUGGCUCCGUUUCUCCUGACAACGGCGACGAGUUCAACCAGUACGAGAUGCCAGAAGGAUUUGGCGCGGCGCAGAGGAGGAAGAAGGGGUCGCCUGUGUUCGUCGUGAUGCCAGUGGAUGCGGUGGACGAGGAAGGGAAAGUGCGGAGAAAGAAGAUCAUGAUGCACUCCCUCAGAGCGCUGGCACUGGCCGGGGUCGAGGGCGUGGUCAUUGAGGUGUGGUGGGGACUGGUAGAGAGAGACCAGCCUGGGGCUUACAACUGGCAACCUUAUUUGGAGCUUGUGCAGAUGGCGGUGAAGAGCGGCUUGAAGGUGAGAGUCGUCCUGGCCUUUCACGAGAGCGGAAGCGGGCCUGGAGAUCCCAACAGGAUUUCACUCCCCAAUUGGGUGCUUAAUGAGAUUGACAAAGAUCCAGAUUUAGCUUACUGUGAUAGAUUUGGAAGAAGAAGUACUGAAUAUAUUUCUCUAGGAUGUGAUACUCUUCCUGUUUUAAGGGGGCGUUCACCAGUCCAAGCCUAUGCAGAUUUUAUGAGGAACUUCAGAGAUACUUUUAGGUCUCUACUUGGUGAAAUCAUUACUGGAAUUCAAGUUGGGAUGGGUCCUGCAGGUGAACUGAGAUAUCCUUUCUGCCCGCCAGAACAAUUAGCACAGGCUUCACAUUCACAUUUACUUGGAGAGUUUCACUGCUAUGAUAAGUACAUGCUUGCAUCUCUGAAUGCUUCUGCCCAUGAAGUUGGAAUGCUGCGUGAAUGGGGAAAUGGAGGUCCAAUUGGUGCUAGUAGUUUGGUGCAUGAUCCUGAGAAUACUGAAUUUUUCAGUAGUGAUGGGACUUGGAAUAAACCAUAUGGGAAGUUUUUUCUUGAAUGGUACUCAGGGAUGCUGCUGCUUCACGGGCAAAGGAUAUGCAUGGAUGUUGAUAACAUUUUUCGGGGUAUUGAAAUUAAUAAAUCAGCCAAAGUGGCUGUGAUACACUGGCAUUGUGGCACACAGUCUCAUCCAGCUGAGCUAACAGCUGGCUACUAUAAUACUUCCACCAGAAACGGGUACCUGCCAAUUACUGAGAUGUUCAGAAGGUAUGGAUUCAGCAUGUGCUGCACAGGUUUUGAAAUGCAAGAUGUGGAAAAGAAAUCUCUGAAGUCAGCAAAUAGUCCAGAGGGUUUUCUUAGACAACUUGUAUGGGCAGCUAGGAUCUAUGGUAUUCCCUUGGAAGGCGAAAAUGCUACUGCUAUUUGGGAUGAUGAAUCGUUUCAACAGGUGCUAAAGAUUAGAAGGUUCUACUCGUAUGGUUUGAAAAAGCCCUCCUUUUCAUUCAACUUUGUGAGGAUGGACAGGAACAUGUUCCAAGAACAAAACUGGAUUGAAUUUAGCAAUUUUGUGAGGAAAAUGUCAGCUGGCAAACUUUUUGGAGCCAAAUUAGGUUUAGGAGAUGGUAUGCCACUGUCUUUGAUGUCAGAUGAUGCAAUUUGGGGCAAGGCACGUAUCUUGUUAAGGAGGUUCCAUCCCAUUUCCUCCCGCAAGGCAAAUCUUAUAUGUUAACCGUCAUCAUACCUUAACAAUAGUGCAUAAUUCAAUGAUCUCUGAACUUGUUGUGAAAAUGCACUAAAUGCCUCAAUUUUUUUUUUCUAAGAAAACUAUGCUGCAUAGCUGUUUCUACGUAUCUUGAUGCUUUUUACAUCAUUGAUUUAUGCAUCUCUCUACUUGCCUUUGGCAUGAAAAGACUUUCUUCUGCGUAUGGUAGCACAUACUGCUUGACCUUGGUAUCCUAGGUUCCUAAUGUGAAUAAUAUCCCACUUCCUGAGUUUCAUAUUCCUUGAAGAAAAAAGGGCUGCAAUGGUGCAGCCACUAGAGUCAUUCACUCAUUAUGCAGUUCGACGUUCAGAUUGGCCAUGAAUUCUUACUCAUUCACCAUGGAGAACAGCUUCUAUAUUGUAUGCGUAUAAUUAUAUACAUAUAUGACAGUGACUAGAAUUUCAAACUUCACAUUUUAAGA